CGACACAAACCCAGCGUCAGUCUCCCGGAUCUGCCUCCUCCUCCUCCGUCGACGCAGCCAAAGGAGCGCGCCGGCACCGCGGCUGCACCUCCCUCCCCCCCGCCGCCAGUGAUGGAGAGCCUGCUGGAUAACCCCAUGAAAGCCGUGCUGUACCUCAAGGAGCUCACCACCAUCGUGCAGAACCAGCAGAGCCUCAUCCAGACUCAGCGGCAGCGCAUCGACGAGCUGGAGCGCAAGGUGGAGGACCUGAUCGGCGAGAACCGACAGCUCCGGGAUCCCCAUCAGUACGUGCAGCAUCAGCACCGCCACCACCACCCCGCUCCCCAACCCCAGCCGCAGCCGCAGCCGCCGGCUCCCCAGCCGCACGCCCACCCGCAUCAACACCACAACAAAGCUGCGACCGGCCAGCAUCAGCAUCACCACCAUCAGCAUCGUCCCAGCUCCUCCCCUCCUCCCCCAGCUGCGACCCCCUCACCGGCGCAGCACCAGCACAACUCGCAGCAUCUGCAGUUGGUGCCCGCUACUUUGCCACCCGGUCAGGCCAGCCCGGAGACCCCCGAGGAGGGCAAGAGGAGCCCUUGUUGCAAGUCACUGGUCCCGCAGACCCCCACCACCACGCUGUGCCGCUCCGUGGGAUUGGCCAGGAAGGCUGACAACCAAACGGUUCUCCAUCAGUUCUGCUGCCCGGCCCCGGAGGCUCCCGAGGGGGAGACAUCGUCCGCCUGUGUCCCCAGCGAUGACCUUUCUCCAGACCCAUCAGUGGGGGAGGAAGGGAAGGGAGGAGAGGGGGAGCUGCAGAGUGAGGCCCCGUCACAACCGCUGCCCCAUCAAGAGACGCCGCCGCCUCUACAGCCCGAGUGUGAGCCCCUCCAGCCGCAGUCCCCACCCGAAACCGAACCAGAAUCUGAACCCCAGACAGAAGCCGAGCCCGAACCUCAAUUUGAUGCCCCGGGUGAGGAGGAGGAAGCGCAGGACGCUGUUGAACAAGAAGGGCCGGAUGAGGAGGAAGUAAAGCAGGACGAUGCUCAGGAAGAAGCUGAAGUAGAAGACGUAGAAGAAGCACAGGAGGAGAAAGAGGAAGAGGAGGAGGAGGAGGAGGAAGAAGGUGACGCCGCAAAAGAGACCAGCACGGCGAGGAGAGCCAGUCUCCAUCACACAGCCUCGCCCUUGAGGGUGCAACGCAACGGGGCCGGCUCACACUCGGCCACCUCCGACUAUGAGCUCUCGCUUGACCUCAAAAACAAGCAGAUCGAAAUGCUAGAGCACAAAUACGGCGGCCACCUCAUUUCCCGCCGCGCCGCUUGCAAGAUCCAGACCGCCUUCCGCCAGUACCAGCUCAGCAAGAACUUUGAGAAGAUCCGCAAUUCCCUGUUGGAGAGUCGCCUGCCGCGCCGCAUCUCUCUUCGCAAGGUGCGCGUGCAGAACACUGAGGGAUUCUCGGCUGAACGGGCCCUGGCAGAAGGCUGCAAUUUAGCGGGCAUCCCUCUGGUGAGGUCACCGUCACUGCCUGCCACGGUGGGUGGAAGCUUGACAGACCUGGAGGACUCCUUCACUGAGCAAGUCCAGUCCCUGGCUAAGUCCAUAGACGAUGCGCUCAGCAACUGGAGCCUGAAGACCAUGUGCUCGCUGCAAGAAGGCGGCGCUUAUCAGUUCGGUUCAGCAGCAGUUGGAGGAGAGAUGUGCGGCGUAGGGGAGUCGGCCAUUCAUCAAGCUCCGCUGGACCCCAGCGACCUGUCCAAAAGCGCCAGCAAGCUCAUGAUGGCCUUCCGGGAUGUGACGGUCCAGAUCGACAGCCAAAACUUCCGCGUAUCGUCUUCCGUCAUGGAGUCCGUCACGCUGGGCAGCCGCGCCCAGCAAGAGGGAGCUGCAUCUAUCACAACGAACUUCGCUCCUCAGGCCGUCCCACCCGAAGAACCACCCGUGCCCCCAUUAGCUGAGCCCAUAGAUCCCCCUCCACCCCCUCAAGAGAACCCACCUCCCCCAGAAAUAGACUUAUGUGAUCAAGAUAUGGAGUUCCCCGCUCCCCCUCCCAGUGAGGAAGAGCUCGGCGGCGAGGACCUACCACCCUCAAGCCCUCUGGACAAAGCGUUUCCCCAGGAAGUGGUUGUGGUGGCGCCGCCGCCGGAGCCCCCUAAACCUCCCACGCCUGUGUCUGACCUCGGGGUCAAUCGGAGCAGCUCGGAGACAGCUGACAGCUCGGAGCAGAUGAGCAGCAGCAGCGCGUCCACCGAGGCGCGCUCCACAUCGGAGGCCUCCUCCAAGGAAGCUCUGCAGGCCAUGAUCCUCAGCCUGCCGCGCUACCACUGCGAGAACCCUGCCAGCUGCAAGUCCCCCACGCUGUCCACUGACGUCAUGCGGAAACGCCUCUACCGUAUCGGCCUCAACCUCUUCAAUGUUAAUCCCGACAAAGGCCUCCAGUUCCUGAUCUCGCGUGGCUUCAUCCCGGACACGCCCAUCGGCGUCGCCCACUUCCUGCUGCAGAGGAAAGGGCUGAGUCGGCAGAUGAUCGGCGAGUUCCUGGGCAACAGCAAGAAGCCCUUCAACAGGGAUGUCCUCGACUGCGUAGUGGAUGAGAUGGAUUUCUCGGGGAUGGAGCUGGACGACGCGCUGAGGAAAUUCCAGGCCCACAUUCGUGUCCAGGGAGAAGCCCAGAAGGUGGAACGUCUCAUCGAGGCAUUCAGUCAGCGCUACUGUAUGUGCAACCCCGACGUGGUGCAGCAGUUCCACAACCCUGACACAAUCUUCAUCCUGGCUUUCGCCAUCAUUCUGCUCAACACCGACAUGUACAGUCCCAACAUCAAGCCGGACCGGAAAAUGCUGCUGGAGGACUUCAUACGCAAUCUCCGAGGCGUGGACGACGGUGCGGACAUCCCCCGCGACAUGGUGGUGGGCAUCUACGAGAGAAUCCAGAUGAGAGAACUGCGCUCCAACGAAGACCACGUCACUUACGUCUCCAAGGUGGAGCAGUCCAUCGUGGGCAUGAAAACGGUGCUGUCGGUGCCUCACAGACGAUUGGUGUGCUGCAGUCGUCUUUUCGAGGUGACGGAUGCCAACAAGGCUCAGAAGCAGGCGGCACACCAGCGAGAAGUGUUCCUCUUCAACGAUCUCAUUGUGAUAUUAAAGCUUUGUCCAAAAAAGAAGAGCUCGGCAGCCUACACGUUCUGCAAAGCCCUGGGCCUUCUCGGGAUGCAGUUCCACUUGUUCGAGAAUGAACACUACCCGCACGGCAUUACCAUCCUUUCGCCGUUCGGCUCUGACAAGAAGCAAGUGCUCAACUUCUGCGCUCAAAGCGCUGAGGAGCUGCUCAAAUUUGUAGAAGAUCUGAAGGAGUCCAUCGCUGAGGUGUCGGAAAUGGAGCAGAUACGCAUUGAGUGGGAGCUGGAGAAGCAGCAGGGGGCGAAGACGCAACCGAUCAACAACGGCACGCAACUGGAGCUGCGAGAAAAACACGCCGCCACGUCAGGAAACCAGGAGCUUGAGGACGGAAGUGGACAAAACGCCGUGGAGGUGUCAAUUCACAACAGGCUUCAGACGUACCAGCUCAGCAGCAGUCCCGAGAGCGCGGGGCUUCUUAACCACGGGGGGGAGCCGCCGGUCCACCCGGGCACCCCGGCCCAGCGGCCACGUCCCCAGCCCGCCGCCAGCGUGGCCGACCUGCGGCCCGAGGCGCUCAUCCAGUGUCAGCAGAUCGUCAAGGUCAUCAUGUUGGACAACGGCGGCCACGCCCGCAUGGAGGCCUUCCUCAGCCACGCGCCCCCCCACCCGCACCCCCACUACCACCCACACCACUACUACCAGCAUUACCAGCUGAGCCAGUCGGCCACAUCCACACCUCUGCGUUCGCCCGACCCUUCGCAAUGCAGCGGCGGAGACGGCUACCAACCCCCUCUUCCUCCGCCGCCGCCGCCAUACAACCAUCCGCAUCAGUACAUCCCCCCGGACCCCCGCCUCAGCCUACAUCGGACCCCUAGCGGCUCUCGGAGCAUGGUGUAAAUAGAAUUUAAUUAACCCUGCUUAUUUAACAGUACACAAUGUACAUAAAAUAUAUCAUCAGAAGAAUUAUUUAAAGAAAAAAAACAUUUAAUUAUAUUUAGGACAAUAUGCUUAGAUUUGAAAAAAGGAGCAAUGUCAUGGCAAUGUCAUGUGUGGAUAACAUUUGAUUCGAUUUUCAAAAGCCACCUUUUUAACUCGAGCUAAAAUUGGGAUGGACAAAGAGCAGAAAAUAUCCUCACCUGCGACUGUUGUGCCAAAAAAAAGCAAAGCGGAAAAGAAGGACUUUCAAAAAUCUACUCAUGAUGGAUGAUUGAUGGAUGGAUGGAUGGAUAGAUGGAUGGAUGGAUGGAUAGAUGGAUAGAUGGAUAGAUGGAUAG